AUGUCCACGUGUGCACAGGUGGACAUGGAUGACGUCAUGUUUGUGGUGAGGGAGGUGUGGCGCGGCCGCAGCGCGUGGCAGCAUCUUCGGGAGAAGGAAGCUGCUGAGAAGCUUCUUCACGGCCACUCGGGCGAAGGCGAGGGCAAUGUUGGGUCACAGGAGGAGGAGAAGACACGGGGAGAGAAGCGAGAGGAGGGUGAGGAAGGGGAGGAGAUCCAGGGGCAGGGAGAAAUUGCAGGGGGCACUCAGGAGCAGGGAGAAAGUGAGGGGGGCACAAGGGAGCAGAAUCUGGGAAAUGGACAAAAGGCGGAGGAGCAACGAGAAGAUGAGCAGAGAGAGGAGAGGAGGCAGGAGAAUGGCACUCAGGAGCAGGGAAGGAGCAGGCAGCAGCAGCAGAGGAAGAAGGAGGAGCGUAGAAAACGGGCUGUGAAAUCUGCUGGUGAAGGAAAUGGGGUUGGUGGUGGAAUUGGAGGGAGAGGAGGAAAUGGGGGAGGAGGAGGCAUGGAUAUUGGACGAGCGAUCUGGAGGUCCAUGGGACACAUGACUCUUACCAGGUGUGUUGGCGUCACUUCUGGGGUCAUUUCUGGGUUCACUUCUGGGAUCACUUCUGGGGUCACUUCUGGGGUCACUUCUGGGGUCACUCUGGAGUCUCUUUUAAAAUUUUGGCAGUCCAUGGGGCACAUGAAUCUCACCAGGUGGAAUGCGGCUCUCCCUCCCACCAUUGACAAUCUCGUUCUCUUCACAUUUGACGAGGCGGAAGCACACGAGGCGAUGCCAUUGGAGCAGGUGGAAUCAGAGCAGCCAGAGCUCUUCCGAUUGGUGGAUGCCACCCUGGAACGAGCUCGGAGAUUGUACACAUAG